GUGUCUGGGCGCCGCCCCGCGCACGGACGGAGGCGGGCCCUGCGCGGCGGGGCCGGCGGGCGGCGAGCCGCGGGCGCGGGCAGCCCUCGGCGUCGCCCCCCGCAGGCUCCGCGUUCGUUCCACCACCACCACCACCCCCCUCCCACAGCCACCGGACCGCGGUUCGGCCGCGGAUGGACGCGCGCUCCCGCCUGCACUUAUGCUGUUUGGAGAUGACAACCAAAAGGAAAAUUAUCGGCCGCUUGGUGCCCUGCCGGUGUUUUCGUGGCGAAGAAGAAAUCGUCUCAGUGUUAGAUUACUCUCACUGUGGCCUACAGCAGGUGCCAAAGGAGGUUUUUAACUUUGAACGGACAUUAGAGGAGCUUUACCUAGAUGCCAAUCAAAUUGAAGAGCUACCUAAGCAACUGUUCAACUGUCAAGCUUUACGCAAACUGAGUAUACCAGACAAUGACCUUUCAAGUCUGCCAACCACUAUUGCUAGCUUAGUUAAUCUCAAAGAACUUGAUAUCAGUAAAAAUGGAAUUCAAGAUUUUCCAGAAAAUAUUAAAUGUUGUAAGUGUUUAACAAUUAUUGAAGCCAGUGUCAAUCCAGUCUCUAAGCUGCCAGAUGGCUUCACACAACUUCUAAAUUUGACCCAGCUCUAUCUAAAUGAUGCCUUUUUGGAGUUUCUUCCAGCUAACUUUGGAAGACUUGUCAAAUUGAGAAUUUUGGAGUUAAGAGAAAAUCACUUGAAAACUCUACCAAAGUCAAUGCACAAACUGACUCAACUGGAGAGACUUGAUCUGGGCAAUAAUGAAUUCUCUGAACUGCCUGAGGUUCUCGAACAAAUACAAAAUCUAAAGGAAUUGUGGAUGGACAAUAAUUCUUUGCAAAUACUACCUGGGUCUAUAGGGAAGUUAAAACAGCUCGUGUACCUGGAUGUGUCAAAAAACAGGAUAGAAACUGUUGAUUUGGACAUAUCAGGAUGUGAAGGACUUGAAGAUCUCCUGUUGUCAUCCAAUAUGUUGCAGCAACUGCCAGACUCCAUAGGACUGUUGAAAAGGCUUACAACUUUAAAAGUAGAUGACAAUCAGCUUACAAUUCUGCCAAAUGCAAUUGGAAAUUUAUCUUUAUUAGAAGAAUUUGACUGCAGCUGUAAUGAGUUGGAGUCCUUACCUUCUACCAUUGGCUACCUUCAUAACCUGAGGACGUUGGCUGUGGAUGAGAAUUUCCUUCCUGAACUGCCCAGAGAAAUUGGAAGCUGUAAAAAUGUAACAGUGAUGUCUCUGCGCUCUAACAAGCUAGAAUUUCUUCCUGAUGAAAUUGGUCAGAUGCAGAAGCUGAGAGUGUUAAAUCUGAGCGAUAACAGACUGAAGAAUUUACCAUUCACUUUUACUAAACUUAAAGAACUUGCAGCUUUGUGGCUUUCUGACAACCAGUCCAAGGCUCUCAUUCCACUGCAAACUGAGGCUCACCCAGAAACAAAGCAGAGAGUACUGACUAACUACAUGUUUCCCCAGCAACCCCGCAGUGAUGAAGAUUUCCAGUCAGACAGUGAUAGUUUUAACCCUACUUUAUGGGAGGAGCAGAGACAGCAACGUAUGACUGUUGCCUUUGAAUUUGAAGAAAAAAAGGAAGAGGAGGAAAAUGCAGGGAAAGUUAAGGUUGAAAUAAAUCUAAAACGUUAUCCCACUCCAUACCCUGAGGAUUUAAAGAAUAUGGUAAAAUCAGUUCAAAAUCUGGUGGGCAAAACAAGCCAUGGAGUACGGCCUGAGAACUCAACACCAACUGCGAACAGUGAACAAACUGUGAAAGAAAAGUAUGAGCACAAGUGGCCCAUGGCACCAAAGGAGAUUUCAGUGGAGGUUCAAGAUAGAGAAAAUAAAGAAUUCCAAAAGGGUCACCUGUCUGAUACAGACAACACUCAGAAAUCAACUCUGGAAAUCCCAGACAGGAAGGAGAAAGAGGAGCAUACAAAAAGCUCAGAGGAUGCCUUUGGACAUCCUGCCAGUGAGAUGAGGAUAGGGGAACUUCGUCCUUCCAUGCCAGAGACUCCGUUGUACCCACCCAAACUUGUUCUUCUGGGUAAAGAGAAGAAAGAAUCGACAGAUGAGUCUGAAGCAGAUAAGAUCCAUUGUCUGAAUAACAGCGUUUCCUCAGGCACUUACUCAGACUAUUCCCCUUCCCAGGCUUCCUCAGGGUCCUCCAACGCGCAUGUUAAAAUGGGGUCCUUGCAGACAACGGCUAAAGAAGCAGUGAAUAACUCUUUGUGGGGAAACAGGCUGGCACAGUCAUUUCCACAGCCCCUUGAAACAAAGCCAUUGCUGAGCCAACGGGAAUCCGCGCCGGUGGGGAACCUGCCACAGCGCACCGACAGGCGCCCGCUGAGCGAAACGUUUGCCGACAGCUGGAAUGACAGCUCACACUACGAUAACACAGGGUUCGUUGCGGAGGAGAGCACGGUGGAGAAUCCUAGUGCUAACCCCCUCCUGAGCACGAAAUCUAGAAGCACAUCUGCACAUGGACGCAGGCCGUUGAUUAGACAAGACAGGAUAGUUGGCAUUCCUCUGGAGCUGGAGCAGCCGACGCUCAGAAACACACACGAAUCUGAAGUGCCUCCUCCCAAUCCUUGGCAAAAUUGGACCAGAACCCCUAGUCCUUUUGAAGACAGGACAGCUUUUCCUUCCAAACUGGAAAGCACCCCCACCACCAGCCCUUUGCCUGAGCGGAAAGAUCAUGUCAAAGAGUCUCCUGAAAUGACUAGCACUUUCACCCCAGGAAUAGCAUGGGAAUAUCAUGAUUCAAAUGCUAACAGAAGUCUCACAAACGUCUUUUCCCAUAUCCACUGUCGCCCAGAUCCUUCCAAAAGCGUUAUUUCGAUCAGCAAGAGUACAGAGCGGCUUUCUCCGAUGAUGAGGGAUUUAAAAACUAACAAAUUUAAGAAGUCACAAAGUAUCGAUGAGAUAGACAUUGGUACAUACAAAGUGUAUAAUAUACCCUUAGAAAACUAUGCAUCUGGUAAUGAUACUGUAGGAACCCACGAGAGGGUGGACAAGCUCCUGGGCCCGGAGCACGGCAUGCUGAGCAUGUCCCGCAGCCAGUCGGUCCCCAUGCUGGACGACGAGCUGCUGACCUACGGCAGCGUCAAGGUGCAGCCGCAGCAGAAGUCGUCCGUCACGAAGAAAGUCUACCAGUUCGACCAAAGCUUCAACCCACAGGGAGCAGUGGAGGUCACAGCGGAGAAGAGGCUACCGCCGCCUUUCCAGCUCAACCCCGAGUACAUUCCCCAGCAGAGUAAAAACCUGCCCCAGGAUCUGGUCAGCCCGAGGGCUUACCGCGGCUACCCCCCCGUGGAGCACAUGUUCUCCUUCUCCCAGCCAUCGGUGAACGAGGAGGCGGUCGGUGCCCCCUUUGCGAGCCAGGGGUCUCGGCCGGGGUUCCUGAGGAGAGCGGAUUCGUUGGCCAGUUCCACCGAGAUGUCCAUGUUCAGGAGAGUCAGUGAGCCCCACGAGCUGCCCCCGAGCGACAGGUAUGGCAGGCCUCCGUACCGAGGAGCUGUGGAGCGCCAGAGCAGCAUCUCGGUCUCUGAGUCUCAGUUCCUCAAGAGGAACGGCAGGUACGAAGACGAGCAUCCUUCCUACCAAGAAGUGAAAGCCCAGACUGGAAGCUUUCCAGUUAAAAACCUUACACAAAGGAGGCCGUUGUCUGCAAGAAGCUACAGUACAGAGAGUUACGGCACAUCCCAAACCAGGCCGGUUUCAGCGAGGCCUACAAUGGCAGCUCUGCUGGAAAAGAUACCGUCAGACUAUAACUUGGGUAACUAUGGCGACAAGCCUUCCGAUAACAGUGAUAUAAAGACAAGGCCUACCCCUGUGAAGGGAAAUGAGAGCUGUGCUAAAAUGCCCGCUGACUGGAGACAACAGCUACUUAGACAUAUAGAAGCUAGAAGGUUAGACAGGACCGCUGCUUACAAACACAACACAGUUAGCCUUGGCAUGCUGCACUCUGGAGGUUUUUCAGCAAUGCAUGCCGGCAGAAGCAUGACUUUAAACUUGCAGACUAAAUCUAAAUUUGAAAACCAAAUGCUUCAAGAGCUACCUCUACCGAAAACCCCGUCGCAGCAGAGCAGCAUCCUGGACAACGGGCAGGACGAGAUGUCUGUGAGCAGCCAGUGGAACCCCUACCCGCUGGGGCGGCGGGACGUGCCGCCGGACACCGUCACAAAGAAGGCAGGUAGCCAUAUCCAGACUCUAAUGGGAUCACAAAGCCUACAGCAUCGGAGCCGCGAGCAGCAGUAUGAAGGAAACAUGAACAAAGUCACCAUUCAGCAGUUUCAGCCACCACUGCCUAUUCAGAUUCCCUCUUCGCAGAGCUCUCGAGCCCCUCAGACAGGGCGGUGUUUAAUCCAAACCAAGGGUCAGAGAAGUACGGAUGCCUAUCAGGAGCAGUUUUGUGUGAGGAUAGAGAAGAAUCCUGGCCUUGGUUUUAGUAUCAGUGGUGGAAUAAGUGGACAAGGAAAUCCAUUCAAACCUUCUGAUAAGGGUAUCUUUGUUACUAGGGUUCAGCCUGACGGACCAGCCUCCAGCCUGCUCCAGCCUGGCGAUAAGAUCCUCCAGGCAAAUGGACACAGUUUUGUACAUAUGGAACAUGAGAAAGCUGUAUUACUACUGAAGAGUUUCCAGAAUACAGUAGACCUAGUUAUUCAACGUGAGCUUACUGUCUAAAUAUUUUUUUAUAAAUAGUAAAUAUGUCUAGCCAGAUCUAAUGUUCAAACAGAUUUAUACAUAGGAAACAAAUUUUUGCCAAUUGCUGGACCAAUGGCAAACAGUAGUGCCAAAUGUAUAAUACUAUAUGUUAGUACCAAUCAUCUUGGAAAAAAAAUAUAUUAACUAUAUAAAUAUAUUGUUCAUGUGGCUAUGUAUUAGUUUUAAUUGUCAGCCUCUGGCUGUGCAUUGGUGCGUUUUUUUAAUCAAGUUACUUCUUAAAGUCAAUUUCAUAUGAUUUCAAAACACAGAAGCACAUACAAAUUCUUUAGGAAUUCUGCUGUCCAUCAGAAACACUGCCUCAAAGUUGUAUAUGCCUUUAUAAAGAUAAAAUAUAUUAACCUGUACUUCCCAUGAAAUAUUUCUAUCAUGUCACAUACAAAAAUAUAGAGAAAAAAUAUUUUCAUAAACACCUCAAAGAAAGUAUAUAUUAAAUUAGAUUUAAUAAUGUUCAUUUAUUUUCAAUGCAAAGAUAUUAUAUGCCUUAUGAAAAUACCUGUACAUAUGCAGUGUGUAUAGCUGGCUCCAUAUUAAUUAGUAAAAAUGUCACUAUACAGGGUGAGAUACUUAAUAAAUUAUACUGUCAACUCUG